CCAAAUUCUCAAACCAAAUAUUUGUGCUGGCAUCAUUAAAACCCUUUUUUCUGACGACGACCUGUGGCUCAAUGAGAUAAUGGCGCCCAUGUAGCCCCUACGAUUAGAGCAGUUAUCCAAAGAAGAGGCCCACAGCUAGCGAACGGAAGCAAGCUAAUACCCAGUGAUAUUUACUAGCUGCAAAACAGUUAACACCCACGCACUCACACACACUCUUGCAGUCGCCAGCGCACCAUGGACUUUAAGGAGUAUCGUCAAAGGGGCAAGGAGAUGGUAGACUAUAUAGCGGACUACUUGGAGAACAUACGGGAGCGUCGCGUCUUUCCAGAUGUGAGUCCCGGCUAUAUGCGGCAGCUGCUGCCGGAGUCGGCGCCCGUGGAUGGGGAGCCGUGGCCAAAGAUCUUUGGGGACGUGGAGCACAUCGUGAUGCCAGGCGUGACCCACUGGCAGUCGCCGCAUAUGCAUGGCUACUUUCCAGCCCUCAACUCGAUGCCCUCGCUGCUGGGCGACAUGCUGGCAGACGCAAUCAACUGCCUGGGCUUCACCUGGGCCAGCUCGCCGGCUUGCACGGAGCUGGAGAUCGUGGUGAUGAACUGGCUGGGCAAGAUGAUUGGACUGCCCGAUGAGUUUCUGCACUUGAGCAACAAUUGCAAGGGCGGCGGAGUGCUGCAGACGACGUCCAGUGAGGCGACGCUGGUCUGCCUGCUCGCUGGCCGCACUCGAGCCAUCCAGCGCUUCCAUGAGCGCAAUCCCGGCUACCAGGAUGCGGAGAUAAAUGCCCGCCUCGUGGCCUACUGCUCGGAUCAGGCGCACUCGAGCGUGGAGAAGGCCGCCCUGAUUGGACUCGUGCGUAUGCGCUACAUCGAGGCUGACGAGCAGCUGGCCAUGCGGGGCAAACUGUUGCGCGAGGCCAUCGAGGACGACAUUAAGCAGGGCCUGGUCCCAUUCUGGGUCUGUGCUACGCUGGGCACCACAGGCAGCUGCAGCUUUGACAAUCUGGAUGAGGUUGGCAUCGUGUGCCGCGAGUACAAUUUGUGGCUGCACGUGGAUGCGGCCUAUGCGGGCAGCGCGUUCAUCUGCCCUGAGUUUCGCACCUGGCUGCGCGGCAUCGAGCGCGUGGACUCGAUUGCCUUCAAUCCCUCCAAGUGGCUGAUGGUGCACUUCGAUGCGACGGCGAUGUGGGUGCGCGAUAGCACCGCAGUGCAUCGCACGUUCAACGUGGAGCCGCUGUAUCUGCAGCACGAGAACUCCGGCGUCGCUGUCGACUUCAUGCACUGGCAGAUACCGCUGAGUCGGCGCUUUCGGGCGCUCAAAGUGUGGUUUGUGCUGCGCUCGUUUGGCAUCAAGGGUCUGCAGCGCCACAUCAGGGAAGGCGUGCGUCUGGCGCAGAAACUCGAGGCUUUGGUGCUGGCCGAUCAUCGCUUCGAGCUGCCGGCCAAGCGGCAUCUGGGCCUGGUCGUCUUUCGCAUACGCGGCGAGAACGAGAUCACCGAACGGCUGCUCAAGCGCCUCAACUAUCGCGGCAACCAGCACUGCGUGCCGUCCUCGCUGAAGGGCCAGUAUGUCAUACGCUUCACGAUCACCUCGACGCACACGACGCUGGAUGACAUUGUCAAGGAUUGGAUGGAGAUCAAGCAGGUGGCCUCGCUGGUGCUCGACGAGAUGAACAUCACCAUUUCGAAUCGCGUCUAUCUCAAGGACACCAAAGAGAAGAGCGAAGCAUUUGGCUCCAGCCUGUUGCUGUCGAACUCGCCGCUGUCGCCGAAGGUCGUCAAUGGCUCCUUUGCGGCCAUCUUCGAUGCUGAUGAAUUUCUGGCCAAGACCUAUGCGGGCAUACGCAUAGCGCAUCAGGAAUCACCGUCGACGCGUCGUCGCGUGCGCGGCAUACUCAUGUCCGGCAAGCAGUUCUCGCUGGACUCCCACAUGGAUGUGGCCGUGGUGCGCACCACGCUGGACGCCAACAAUUGCGACGAGGCCAACGACGCCGGCCAGAGUGGCCAGGCCGCACAGCUGGCCGGGCAGGCGAGCAUACGCGAGGAUGUGGACAACGAGGAGUCCGCCGCGGAAGAAACUGAGCUGCUGGAGCUGUGCCAGCGUAGCGGCAGCCACCAAAGCGGCAACCAUCCAACAAGCCAGUCCAGCAGCUAUAGCCACAACUACAAUCACAAUCACAAUGCCACGCCCGCCAAUCACUUUCGUCCCAUUGCCUUGUACACGCCGCAGUGUGGCCAGCCGCUUGGGCUCAUCGUGGACGGCGCCUGUCAUAUGUAUCAUGGCAAGCGCUUUCUGGAGCCCGUCAGCAGUCUCAUCGACAACAGUUCCUUUACCAGCAGCAUCAACCAUAUGCCCACGCCCAUUACGACGCCGACGGAGCCGGGCGGCGAGAACAACGACUGGCCGGCGCUGACGUUUAGCCAGCUGCUGCUGGAACGCUAUGGCAGCUCGUCGUCGCGCUCGCCGGACGCCUCAUCCACGGACAGCAGCAGCCUCAGCCUGGCUGCCGCCGUCACGCCCACGCUCAGUCGCCUCAGCAGCCUCAACGAUCUGGCCUCCCCGCUGCUCGGCUCCUUUGCAUCGCAGUCGCAGCCGCUACAUUCCGCAUUGGGCGCAUCCAGAUUCAGUGACUCGGAUGCAACAAUUUGCUCAGCUGCCUCAUCGCUGGAGUCCCUAUAAUAUAAAUGCUAUAUAUACACACACACACCUCUUAAUAUAUAUAUAUAUAUAUAUAAUAUCUACUCGUAUUCGAAUGAACGAUCCUUCACUGCUGUGCAAUCAAUAAUGUUACCUAUCGUACCAAUUCGCGUCUAUAUAUAAAUACAUGUAACUGUAUCUAUCGAGAGCGGCCCAAAUGUAGUCCCAUGUAUUAUAAAUGUAUUGUGAAAUGUUGCAAAUCUAAAUUCAAUA